GUCCCCCCCCCUUCCUUCUCACCUCCCUCCCUCUCUCUCUUCUCUCGACCCAUAUCUCUAUCAAUCUUAUAUUUACAUGAGCUCUCUCUCUCUUUCUCUCUCUCUUCUCCUUCCUUGUUCUUGAGAGAUUGUUCCUAACUUUUCUUUUCCUUUCUUGGAAUUGAAGUGCUUCUUGCUCCAUAAACAGUAGAGAGAGAGAGAGAGAGAAAGCUUUAAAACAAGAGAGAGAUCAGAGAGAAUCGUGAUAUUCAGUGAUGUUAGGCAAAACCAAAAAAGAAACCCACUUGCCAUUUUUGUAUAAUUAGGUCAAUCUCAUCCACCACCAUACUCAAUUCUCCUCCUUUUUUUCUCGAUUCUGAAAUUUUAGGGUUUUAUCUCUUUCUCCUUCUUUCUUGUCUACCAAAAGAUUGGACUUCUUUCGAAUUAAUGGUAUGGUGAAGAAGUGGAAAUCUUGAAAAGAUCCAAGAUCGAUCGAUUCCGCAAGAACAAGAAGAUGAUGAUGAAUCAAGAAGAAGAGAAACCUAUUAAUGAAGAAGCUUCUUCAUCGAUGGAGAGAGAACACAUGUUCGACAAAGUAGUAACACCAAGCGACGUUGGUAAACUAAACCGACUCGUGAUCCCGAAGCAACACGCGGAGAGAUACUUCCCUUUAGACAACUCCACAUCAAACGACAGCAACAAAGGGUUGCUUCUAAACUUCGAAGAUCGAAGCGGAAACUCAUGGAGGUUUCGUUACUCUUAUUGGAACAGCAGUCAAAGCUAUGUCAUGACUAAAGGUUGGAGCCGUUUCGUCAAAGACAAGAAGCUUGACGCUGGAGACAUCGUUUCUUUUCAGAGAGACUCCGGUAAUAAAGACAAGCUUUACAUCGAUUGGAGGAGACGACCUAAGAUUCCCGAUCAUCAUCAUCAUCAUCAUCAUCAUCAAGCUUCUUAUCAUCAUCAGUUCGCCGGAGCUAUGUUCCCUAGGUUUUACACUUUCCCUCAUCCUCAGAUGCCGGCAAAUUACGAAAGUCACAACCUCUAUCAUCGAUUCCAUCAACGAGAUCUAGGAAUUGGUUACUAUGUGAGGUCAAUGGAGAGGACUAAUCCAACGGCUGUGAUUGAAUCUGUGCCUGUGAUGAUGCAAAGGCGAGCACAAGUGGCUUCGAGAGGAGAGAAGAGGUUAAGGCUGUUUGGUGUAGACAUGGAGUGCGGAGGCGGUGGCGGCGGUGGAGGAAGUGUGAAUAGUACGGAGGAAGAGUCCUCAUCUUCUGGAGGUAGUAUUCCACGUGGCAGCGUGUCUAUGGUGGGUGCUGGUUCUCUCCUCCAGUUGAGGUUAGUGAGCAGUGAUGAUGAGUCUUUAGUAGCAAUGGAAGCUGCAAGUCUUGAGGAUCAUCACUUCUUUACAAAGAAAGGGAAAUCUUCUUUGUCUUUUGAUUUGGAUACAUGAUGAUUAUGAAACUAAUCACUACUUUAAUACAUAUAUAUAUAUAUGAUAAUUUAUACAUAUAUUAUAUAUAUGACACAAAGAAAUGUCUUUUUAAUGGUAUUAUCAAAGAAAUUACAUGUUCAAGAUUCGAA